AUGAGAACUCCUGGUAAAAUUGAGGGUGGAGCUAAUGGGUGUGUUGCAAUUGAUCAAUAUAAUUUGUGGAAGGAAGAUGUGGCUUUGUUAAAGAAAGUGGGUUUAGACUCUUACAGAUUUUCAAUUGCAUGGACCAGAGUAUUGCCAGGGGGAAAAUUAUCUGCUGGGAUAAACAAAGAAGGAAUCAAGUACUAUAAUGAUCUUAUAGACUUGCUCUUGGCCGAAGGCAUUGAACCCUGUGUAACUAUCUUCCACUGGGAUGUUCCCCAAUAUUUGGAAGAAGAGUACGGUGGCUUCUUGAGCCCUCAAAUUGUGAAGGAUUAUUGUGAGUUUGCGGAGCUUUGCUUUUGGGAAUUCGGUGAUCGGGUGAAGUAUUGGAUCACUUUGAAUGAACCGUCAUCCUUCGCUAUUCAAGGAUAUGCAACUGGUACUUUUGCACCUGGUCAUGGUCCAGCUUCAGCCGAGCCUGUAAAUGCUAUCCCUCCUCAUAGAUGUAAACUUGAGGCUCCAACUCCUUGCUCCAAUGGAAAUCCAGGCACAGAACCAUAUAUUGUGGCUCACCAUUUGAUCCUUUCUCAUGCAAAAGCGGUAGAUAUUUACAGGAAAAGAUAUCAGGUGACAUUUGUUAUAUAUUAUUAA